AUGUAUAAAUUAAUAUUACUUAGUACCAUUACAUUAUUCCCCCAUCUAAUUAAUAGUGUAAGUUGUAAUAAACGCUACGCAAUUAAAACGGAAGGAUGCACAAUACCCGAUUUCGAACCGUUCAACUCCCAAGUAAAUCAAUAUCUUCAAGAAAACGUUAAUAUCUCAAUAUGUAAUGAAGGACGCCCAGCUUUAAUCGGCUCCGAUUUCGACUCGAUUUUUUUAAUAAACAAUUCAAUACAAUUUUAUGACGUAGUUGUAAUGGAUGAUUUGAUUUGUGGGUACACCUCAUUUUGGAGAAUCCCCCCAAAAUUUGAUGGAGAUGUUGAUAAAAAUUUCGAAUAUUCAUCGACGAUUUAUUUUUACCCGGAUACACCUCGAGUUGUAAUAGAAGACGAAUUUAUUAUGGUGGAAUGUUUUUAUAAAACGAAACUGAUUUAUACCGAUUUUUUCGCUUUCGUACCAGUGAAGAGUUCGUAUUCAAUUCGGGGUGAUAAUUUUAACGUGUUAUUAAUGGGGUUUGAUGGAACAUCGCGAUUAAAUUUUUACCGCCAUUGGCCGAAUACGAAACGAGUCCUCGAUCGACUUGGAGCCGAAGAAUUAUUUGGAUACAACAAAGUUGCAGAUGCCAGUUUUGCCAAUCAAAUGCCGCUUUUAGCUGGGGUAUCAAUGGAGGAAUUAAAUCAAUUAUGUUGGGGGAAUUACACGAGUUAUUUCGAUGAUUGCUCGUUUAUUUGGGAUGUUUUUAAAACGAAUGGGUUCGUUACUGCUUACGCUGAUGAUACAUUUGCUCACGGACUUUUCCACGGUGGAGAUUGGGUGGGAUUCCGAAAUGAGCAUAAAACCGAUUAUUUGUUUGAUUAUUUUAUGGCGGAGGCUGAGUCGAAAAUCGGGAAUAAAAAGUUUGGGUAUUUUUACGAUUGCCUCGGGGCGAGAAAAACUUACAAAGUCUUCUUAAAUUACGUUGAAAAGUUCCUCGAGAGAAUGAAUCGGCACAAAUUAAAAUUUUUCGCAAACUUUUUCGAAACGAUUAUGUCCCACGACAGCAUUUUCAAACCAAAAAUUUCAGAUCCAACAAUCUCCGAUUUCUUCAACAGCGAAUUAAUGAAGAAAACUCUUCAAGAUACGAUCUUAAUCGUUUAUAGCGACCACGGGGCGCGAUUUGGCCCAUUUCGCUCUUUUUCAUUCCAAGGAUUAAUCGAAGAUAUGUUACCCUACAUCUCCUUUUAUUUCCCACCAUCAUUCAAGAAGCGCCACAAAAAAUUUUACGAAAACUUUAAAAUUAAUCGACACAGAUUAACAACGCCCUACAACAUCCACGAAACCUUACUAAAUUUACUCCAUCUUAACGAUAAUAACAUUAAAUCGAAACAUUACAGUUUAUUUCAAGAAAUCCCUGAAAAUCGAACUUGCGAUGACGCUAAAAUUCCUCUAGAAUAUUGCGCGUGUGGAUAUAAAGAUCGCACAAUUUCAACGUUUGAUUCGUACAAAUCUGCGUUAUUAAUUGUAUCGACCAUCAAUAAAAUAACACCACGGGAUAAAUGCGAAAAAUUACACUUAAACAAAUUAUUGCAUUCGCGAAUAAAAAUUGUGGGUGCGAAUUUGCAUUAUACGGUGACUUUGGAAAGUUUACCCAACGAAGGGAUAUUUCAGGGUACCGUGAAAUUGUCGAAAGAAGGUACGAAAACGAUGUCUUUUGCGUUGGUGGGGCAAAUUACGCGCUUAAAUCGGUAUGGGGAACAAAAAAGAUCAAUUUUACAAGCUGCGGAGAAAAAGGCAUGA